AUGCGCACCCUCGAUACCGACUCUCCAAAGUCAUCUUCGAGGACAACCUCAGCUGCUUCAAGUCCGGCACCGAACAAUCCUCCUCUCGAGCCCAAUCCAAGGCCGGAAUCCGACUUGACUGUGCAGUUCACGGGCAGAGAUGAUGGCAACGAGAGCGACGCAAAACGCAGCCACUACGAUAUCAGCGAUGGUGAGGAUGAUCCAGGUCACCGAAAUUUAAUCGAAGACGUUUAUGGAGUGGAACAGCGCACCCAUCAGCCAACCAAGAGAAAAAAAACGGAAGAUUCUCAGACUCAGAACUCGGCCAAGCCAGUCGCCAUAUCGGGGGGAAGUGAUCUGGGAAAGUGGAUGAAAGAAGGCGAGUCGACACCGGUGCCUAAAGCCUCUGUGCAAGACGUGGUGGACUUGACGGCGGAGGCUGCUGCCAAACCUAAAGAAGACGACGACGACCUGCAGGUUACCGGAUCAAACAAUAUCGGCAUUCAGAAAGUCUGCUACGGCAAGAUUGACAAUGCGAUGAUCAAUGCAUACCUAGUCCCAAAACCGCCUCGCAACAUUCCGUUCGCCGAUGACUAUCCCCAUUGGCCGUCUAUGAAGCUCGGGGUGCACCGAUCAGACAACACCAACAACUCGCGCAUUGACGUUACGGAUCCAUGCGGAAAAGCGUUUGGUACAGUGGACGCCAAAACCGCACGAGCUCUCUGCCCUCUGAUGGACUCGCCAACCGUACCGUUAGAAGUCGUCAUGCGCCUAGAUAUGCGCAAAAAAGUUCCAGCAGAAAUUGCCUGGGGAGCAACACAAAAUGUCUAUCGGGCCUCUCUUACACUCUAUGGCGAGCGUGCAAAGGCACAGGUCAUCGGCAAAUACCUUGGCCAAAAUAACAUCUGGCUUGGUACACCUGUUUUUAUGGAACGAGGAGUGCCCUUGUUCAACCCGCAUGUACAGCAAAGACAGCAAAUGGCUGCAGCUGCGGCAAGCAAUUCAGGGCGCAAUCGUGCGAGUUCGAAUGUCAGAUACGAAGUCAGGACGGCCGAAGAGGUGAAUGAUGCUGUGAUGAAAAUGUUUGAUCAACUCAUCACAGCAGACAUUCCCAGCAUGGAGCCCCCGCCAAAAAUCAAGACCCCUCUUCUGCGCCACCAAAAACAGGCGCUUUGGUUCAUGACGGAGAAAGAGAAGCCCCGCAAGUUUGGACCGAAAGAAGAAGACAACAACUCCUUGUGGCGAAUGGAUCGCAAAAACGGUCGUACCCAGUACCGAGAAAUUAUCAGCGGGGUAGUCUCUGAUCAAGAACCAGUUCAAUCUUUUGGUGGCUUACUUGCUGACAUGAUGGGCCUCGGGAAGACCUUGAGUAUUCUCUCUUUGACCUUGUCCACUCUGGAUCAAGCCAAUGUAUGGGCCCAGGCCCCACCUAGUUCCGAUCUCGUUCACGAAUUCCCAGGAAUUCGAAAUACGAAGACAACUCUUCUUGUGGCUCCCCUGAGUGCUGUCAACAACUGGACCACACAAGUCGCGGAGCAUCUUGAACCAGGGGCCCUCAGUUUUUAUGUGUUCCAUGGCCCAUCUCGUGUCACCAAUCUGGAUGCACUUUCCAAGUUCGACUUGAUUAUCACUACAUACAGCACGAUUUUGAGUGAGAUUUCCGGGCGGGGUGCGAAACGUGGUAGCCCUUUGGCCAAGAUGAACAUGUUUCGGAUUGUUCUCGACGAGGCUCAUGCCAUUCGAGAACAGAAUGCACAACAGACCAAAGCGAUACUGAGUCUCAAUUCGCAGCGCCGAUGGUCCGUGACUGGAACGCCUAUUCAGAAUCGCCUGGAGGACCUCUUAUCUGUCACCAAAUUCUUAAAACUAUACCCGUACGAUGACCGUGGCCGUUUCGGGCAGCAUAUUUUGAGUCCUUUCAAAUCCGGGAACCCCAGUGUUCUGGCCAGCCUCCGUGUCCUUGUUGAUUCUUUCACGCUCCGCCGAGUCAAGGACCGAAUCGACCUUCCUCCCCGAGAAGAUGCAAUCAUCAUGCUCGAUUUCUCUGAAAAGGAGAAACAACUUCACGAAUUUUUCCGCAACGAGUCCAAUGUCAUGAUGCGUGUGAUUGCCGGAGAGAGCAAAACGUCGAUGGGAGGCCGUGUAUACCAUCACGUUUUGAAAGCCAUGAUGAUCUUGCGGCAAGUCAGUGCACAUGGAAAGGAACUUCUGGAUGUCGAGGACAGGGAAAGGACCAAAGGGCUCAGUGUGCAAGAUGCCAUUGAUCUGGAAGAGGGCGUGGCAGAUACGAGCACGGCCGCUUCGAACAAGAAGGCGUACGAGAUGUUUUCCCUCAUACAAAACGCUGGGGACAAUACAUGCCACAUUUGUCGCAAGGAUCUCGAAGAGCAAGAAACCGAAAAUGGCACCGUCGACCAAGAUGUCCCAUAUGCGAUCAUCUUGCCUUGCUUUGAUGUGAUUUGCCCUGAGUGCUUUGCAAAGUGGCAAAAGUCGCUAGACCCUACCUCUGAGAUGGUCAAGUGCCAAGCUUGUGAUGGAUGGGUAUCCAAUACCCACUCUAAAAUCACCCCUGCGGGGUUGGUAGACUUCAACGCCAAGCGAGAUUCAAAUCGCAAUUCAAAGAAAUACAUCAAGCAUUUUGGCGAGUACGAGGGGCCGCACACCAAGACUCUUGCGCUCAUUCAUCAUCUGCAGUCAGCAAAGGCUGAAAGUGAGGCGUUGAAACUGAAGAAAGAGCCACCGAUCAAGAGUGUUGUCUUUUCUUCUUGGACGUCACACUUGGAUCUGAUCGAGAUUGCUCUAAUCGACCAUGGUUUGAAAUCUUUUACCAGGCUUGAUGGCACCAUGUCUCUGCAGGCUCGUGGCAAAGCGCUCGAGACAUUUGCUCAGGAUGAUUCUGUUACCAUUCUCCUGGCUACUAUCGGUGCUGGUGGUGUGGGUCUGAACCUUACAUCUGCGUCCCAGGUUUUCAUCAUGGAGCCGCAGUACAACCCCGCUGCUGUGGCACAGGCCGUGGAUCGUGUUCACCGACUUGGCCAAAAACGCCCUGUCAAGACUGUCAAGUUCGUCAUGAAGGGCAGUAUCGAGGAAAAGAUCAUGGAUCUGGCGAAGAAGAAGCAGCAGCUUGCGGAUAUGUCCAUGAAUCGCGGCAAGCUGGAUAAACGAGAAGUACAGGAAGAACGCAUGCGGGAAUACCGCAGUCUCUUCAGAUAG